AUGUAUUUUCUGGCAACAAGUAGUGUUGAUGUCAAUAAUGAUAAUCAAAUUGAAGAAUCUGAACAUGAUCAAGAUGAUGAUCAUAAUUCAAAUGUUGAUCAUGAGGUCAAUGAACAGUCCUCGGGCCAGGGUCUUGAUGUUAAUAAGGACAAUACGGAGGAGGAAAAUUUGCAGCCUUCACCCGAUGCUCCGAAUAUUGAUGAGCAGGUUGAUUCUCUGUUAUCUCUAUACGAUCCUAGAACAUGGGAUAAUCUUGACAACAGCAAACGGGAUAUUCUAAUUGAAAAGGGGCCUGUGAGAGAAAUGGAUCUGGUGCUCAAGGAUGAUGAGGGUAGACAUUUCUCAUAUUUUCACUACACCAGAAAGUUAGCUAAUGAAGAGGUUAUUCACAGAGAGUGGUUGGUUUACUCUAAAGAGGUUGACAAAGUUUAUUGUUUUUGUUGCAAGUUAUUCAAAUCAAAUCAGAACAGGUCAUUGCUAGCAUCUGAUGGAUUGAGGGACUGGAGGCGUAUUAGUGCAAGACUCAAAGAACAUGAGGUUAGUGUUGAACACUUUACCAACAUGAAUACAUGGAAUGAACUAAGGUUGAGGUUAAGCAGAAACAAAACAAUUGAUGAUGAGAUGCAGCAGAAGGUUGCAAAGGAAAAAGAGCAUUGGAGACAGGUAUUGCUCAGGAUAGUUUCUUUAGUGAAGUUUCUUGCAAAACGUAAUUUGGGAUUUCGAGGAACAAAUGAGAAGCUGUUUGAACAUAAUAAUGGCAAUUUUUUGGGCUCAGUUGAAAUGAUUGCUGAAUUUGAUCCUGUGAUGCAAGAACAUAUUAGGCGCAUUCAAAACAAGGAAAUACAUCAUCAUUAUCUUGGCCAUGGUAUUCAGGAUGAGUUGAUCUUACUUCUUGCUGAUUCCGUCAAAAAGUUUAUCUUAAAGACCAUCAAGGAUGCCAAGUAUUUCUCUGUUAUAUUUGACUGUACUCCAGAUGUGAGCCAUGAAGAACAAAUGACGCUAAUUGUGCGUUGUGUGAAUAUGUCAAGUAACAUUCCAAGAGUCGAGGAGUUUUUCCUAGAGUUUUUAAAGGUUCAUGAUACAUCAGGAUUAGGGCUUUUUAAUGUGUUGAUGGAUACAUUGGACUCUCUUGAUCUGGACGUUGCUGAUGUAAGAGGGCAAGGUUAUGACAAUGGUUCUAACAUGAAGGGAAAAAAUCAAGGUGUUCAAAAUCGCUUGCUUGAAGUUAAUCCCAAAGCAUUAUAUAUGCCAUGUGCAUGUCAUAGUUUGAAUCUCACUCUUUGUGAUAUGGCAAAAUCUUGCGAACAUGCCAUUUCAUUCUUCGGUAUUAUCCAGCGUAUAUAUGUAUUGUUUGCACGUUCUACUAAAAGGUGGAAGAUUUUGCUUGAUAAUGUUCCAGGUCUGACUCUCAAACCUUUGUCUGAUACUCGUUGGGAGAGCCGAAUAAAGAGUGUGCAACCUAUAAGGUACCAAACUUCCCAAGUAAGAUCAGCUUUGAAGGAGUUGGAGAAGACUGCUAGGGAGGAUAAUGAUCCAGCUCUACAGUAA